UCUCACAUUUAACAGUGGUCUUUUGUAAAUUGAAGAACAUAUACGCGACGAGAUAAAGGAGAUCAUAAUUGGUGUGCUGAAUAUAAAUAAAUAAAAAAUGGUUCAAACUAAAAGAGUGCUAGCUAUUUACACUGGAGGUACCUUUGGAAUGCUGAAAAAUGAAAAAGGGGUUCUGGUGCCACAGAAGGACAUAGAGAAAGUUAUUCGUAAAUUGCCACAGCUACACGACGAAGAAUAUUGGAAGCAACACCUUGAAGGGACAGAAAAGAAAGACUAUCUUGCCCUGCCAGAUGGCAAAGACACAGAACUUAAAGUUUUAUAUAAAAUACAUGAAUAUGAUGAACUCAAAGACUCAUCUGACUUCACCCUUGAUGACUGGAUAAAGAUGGCUCGCGAUGUUAAGAGGUUUUAUUACGAUUAUGAUGGGUUCGUGCUUCUCCACGGUACUGAUACCACUGCUUACGGCGGCUCCAUAUUGUCUUUCAUGUUAGAGACAGUGGGAAAGACUGUCGUCCUCACUGGAGCGCAGGUUCCUAUCUUCCAGCCGCGAAGCGAUGGCAAUAACAAUUUUUUGUGUGCUAUUUUAAUAGCAGCCACUCAGCAUAUUCCAGAGGUGACAGUCUUUUUCGGAGCAAAGCUGUUCAGGGGAACUAGAGUAAAGAAGGUUUCCAACACUCGCAUAUACGCAUUCGAUUCUCCGAAUUUCCCGCCACUACUUGAAGCCAAAACGACAUUAGAAGUGGACCCCAAAAUGUUGAUACACCCACCGGGAACUGUACCCGAUGAAUGCAGGGUGCACGAUAAGUUAUCAAGGAAAGUCUAUGUGCUGAAAGUAGCACCAACUAUCACACCCGAGAUCAUUAGAGCAGCUUGCGAAGGAAUGGAAGGAUUGGUUCUAGAAACUUAUGGAAACGGGAAUAUUCCAAUCAAGAGGAAAGAAAUUUACAAAGAGAUCGAGAGAGCAGUGAAGAAUAAAGUUUUGGUGGUGAAUGUCACACAGUGCAUCAACGGGACAGUCUUAGGAAAACCACUAUAUGAAACUGGAUUGUUGCUAUUGGAAUGUGGCGUGGUACCAUCAUUUGAUAUGACGACAGAGGCGACGUGGGCUAAGUUAUCUUACGUCCUUAGCAAGACUGAACUUAGCUAUGAACAGAAAGUCGAGCUUAUGAAGACCAAUAUACGAGGAGAGCUGUAUAAUCCGAAUCAUGCAAAUAACUAAAUUCUUCAUAUUCUUUUAAAUAAGAUUAAUAUUAAUUAAUUUAAAACGAAUCCAAUAAAUCAAAUCAUUUAUUGCAUAUAAUAAAAGUCUUUUUAUUUCAAAAAUAAACAUUUAUUACAAACACACACUCAUAUUAAGUGAAAUCCAAAGUAAUUAAAAUUGUAAUUAAAAAACAUGUCAACAUAUUUAAAUGAACAUUCAUGGUACAUUGUGUACCAUUUAUUGUUUUUUUCCAAAACCUACAAAAAGGUAAUAAUAGCAAAGUCAUACAAACCAUUUAUUAUAUACAACAAUUAUAAUCGUAGCCGACAAGCCCAAUAAUAUCAUUAUAAAAAAGAUUCUUCUUAUUAUAUUUGUGUCAGAGUUAAAAAUUCUCUGUAAGCUACCAAUUGGAUUCUACGACAUACAUUAAAAAAAUAUGUUUACACUAAUUUAAAGGCAGUGUCUUUUAUAUUAGAACACUUUGAAACCCCUACAGUAUAGUAAUCCUCUAAAGUCUGAACAACUUCAUCUUUCUUAGUAGUACAAAAUCUAUGUAUUAAAAAAAAAAAAUUUUCUAUUGUAAGUUCAUAAAAAAUAUUUUGAAAUCUACGAAGAUAGAUAAUUUAGCAUACAAUCGUCGCACGUUUAUAUCCAGUUUCUAUAAAGAUUUAUUAAACACUUAUUACAAAUUAUUUAAUAAAAUAUAUAUGUAUGUUUAAAAAUUAAAGCAAAUGAUUCUCCGAGUCAUUAUAAUAUGAUACUUUUAGCAUUGGUGAUGAUAAUCUAAUUAUAAUUGAUAUUAAUCAUGAG